UUGAGUCUUGACAUUGAGGAAUUAAGCUGUUCCACUUCCAGCACCUUCGAAAUUUGGGAAAAACAAAAAUCAAAUCAAACCAAUUCAGUUUAGUUUGGAUUCCCUCCUUGGUUUCAUUUCCUUUCAUUUCAUUUGUGUUUUGAACACAAAAACGCAAAACACAACAACACAAAUGGGAGACAAACGUAAGAGAGGUCGGAAAUCCAAAACCCCCACCUCCGCCUCCGAAACCCUAGGCUCACCUUCCACCACCGCCCCUAACGCCGCCACUGCCACCGCCACUCCUUCCACCAUUGACGACGUCUUCUCCGUCGCCAACGUUAACCUCAUGGACACUACUGCCUCCCCGCACCAACGUCGACGCCCUGGCCGCCCCAAGAAAGUCCCCCACCAGUCCGACAGGCCGGGACGCCGCCAGUCCUCCCGUCCCCCAGUCGAUGCCAACGGCGCCGUCGAGGUCCCCCCGGCGGCUGAGGCAAUGGAGGAGGACCCCGUGUGGGAGAACGUAGUUCCUGGUCGAGUGGUGCCGGCGAUGGACUCGGUGGUGAAGGUUUUCUGCGUUCACACGGAGCCGAAUUUCUCUCUGCCGUGGCAGCGGAAGAGGCAGUACAGCUCGAGCAGCAGUGGGUUCGUGAUCGGCGGGAGGAGGUUGCUGACGAACGCUCACUCGGUGGAGCAUUACACGCAGGUUAAGGUCAAGAAGCGUGGCUCAGAUACUAAGUACUUGGCCACAGUUCUCGCCAUUGGAACCGAGUGCGACAUUGCCAUGCUCGCAGUUGAUGAUGAUGAGUUCUGGCAAGGGAUGUCACCUGUAGAGUUUGGGAAUUUGCCCGCACUUCAGGAUGCAGUCACUGUUGUGGGGUACCCAAUUGGUGGUGAUACUAUUUCCGUAACCAGUGGUGUUGUAUCACGCAUUGAGAUCCUAUCUUAUGUCCAUGGUUCGACUGAACUUCUAGGUUUACAGAUAGAUGCUGCUAUAAAUUCUGGCAAUUCCGGUGGACCUGCAUUUAAUGAUAAAGGAAACUGUGUGGGCAUUGCAUUUCAGUCCCUUAAGCACGAAGAUGCGGAGAAUAUAGGUUAUGUUAUUCCAACACCAGUGAUCAAUCAUUUCAUCCAGGAUUAUGAGAAAAAUGGAAGAUACACUGGGUUCCCUGUUCUUGGGGUUGAGUGGCAAAAGAUGGAAAAUCCUGAUCUAAGAAUGGCAACAGGCAUGAGAACUGACCAGAAAGGUGUGCGAAUUAGAAGAGUUGAUCCUACUGCUCCAGAAUCCAAGGUUUUGAAGGCAUCAGAUGUUAUUCUUAGCUUUGAUGGGGUUGAUAUUGCCAAUGAUGGAACAGUUCCAUUUCGCCAUGGGGAGCGCAUUGGUUUCAGUUACCUCAUAUCCCAGAAAUAUACUGGUGAUAAUGCUGUAAUUAAAGUAUUAAGAAAUUCAGAGGUCCUCAAUUUUGACAUUAAACUCGAUAGUCAUAGAAGACUAAUUCCAGCACACACCAAGGGCAGGCCUCCUUCAUAUUAUAUCAUUGCAGGAUUUGUUUUUACAACCGUUUCAGUUCCAUAUCUUCGAUCUGAGUAUGGAAAGGAUUAUGAGUAUGAAGCUCCUGUCAAACUUUUGGAUAAACUGCUGCAUUCAAUGCCGCAAUCGCCAGAUGAACAACUUGUUGUGGUUUCUCAGGUGUUGGUGGCUGAUAUCAAUAUUGGAUAUGAAGAGAUUGUCAACACCCAGGUCCUUGCUUUUAAUGGUCAACCUGUGAAAAAUCUCAAGAGCUUGGCCAAUAUGGUAGAGAGCUGCAACGAUGAAUACCUGCAAUUUAAUCUAGACUACGAACAGAUCGUGGUUCUUCGCACAAAGACUGCAAAGGCAGCUACUCUAGACAUACUUUCAACCCACUGCAUUCCCUCAGCGAUGUCCGAUGAUCUGAAGUCAUGAUCAGGCUUCUGUUUCAUGUGUAGGCUGCGCUUAACAUUUUGUUAGUUGGUAGAU